AUGAACGUCACCCUUGUUCAUCUGCUGUACACACUAGCGGCAGAGUCUCGGAAAAAUAACGAAGAUUCUACGGAUAAACACGAGUCAAAGACUGGUAUUAGAGAGCUAUUCGAAAGAAUUCGUGAGGGAAUGAAACUCUGCUCGAAUGACUCUGAGAUUUCUGAAGAAGAAUCGGAAACGCAAGGGAUUUAUACUGUAAAAGUUAUCUGUAAGCUGGAAAAGUUAGCCAAAGAUGCCCUGGAGAGAGUGUUUAACAAGGAUUAUGGACGUAGUCAUCAUGAACUUGUUGUCAAUGGAAUGGUGCUAAUGAUCGCAUUUCUUUCUCCAGAACAAUUCUCUUGGCAUUAUCAUAUUGAUCCUAUGGAGAACAGUCUUAAAUUCUGCUGCAGGUUUGCAAAGGUUACCGCAGAAAGCCUUGAAUUGCAUCUCUCGAGUUUAUCGGCAUUGUUUUCAUCGAUUUGCGCCAUAUGUGAUGAAAAUGGAUUUUGUGAGGAUAUUGACGAACAUCAAACUAGGCAGCCUUCUAAGGUCCUCAGGAGCCUAGGAACAAUGUUACAGCUAAUUUAUCUCCCUGCUAAAACAAACUUUAGUGAGCCUAAUCUAAUUAUCACAAAACUUGCUGUAGAACAUGAUGUUGUUGAAUUCUUCUGUAACGAAGAAUCAGCAAAAUAUCCAGAUAUUAAGCUAUAUAAUAAACUAGCUAGUGGCUAUAAUCUGUACAAUAUACCAUGUAGACUCUCAGUAUUUGGUUGUAGAAUCAUUUUAAGGUCCUAUGAAUCUAUAUUUGCCAUUCCGGAAUUUCAUGACCAUAGGGUUGCUCUACCGUAUUUAGUGCUGAUAUCAAACACUACCAAUGGUAUACACAUGGGUGAAUUCUAUUCAGCUUUAAUUUUAGUUCUCGAUAAUAUGCACGGUACGUUGUUUGAAUGUAAAAACGUUCAACUAGAUAAGCAUCCAAUCGAUGGAAUCCUCCGUGAAAUGGUAAAAAGAGUGUAUUCGGACAUUUUAAGGUUUAAUGAGCAUUUAGACAAAUGCUUGGAGUGUUUUAUAAAACUAACAAGUUUAGCAUACAAGGAGGACGAUGUAAGACUUUACGAUACAAUGGAAGAACUAAUGGACAAAUUACUGUUUAUGGACAACAUAGAAUGUACAAUUGUCUACCUAAAACACUACCAUCUCUAUCUGGAAAGGGCUCCAUUGGCCUGCGCAUCAACUAUGAUUCAAACGAUGGAGCUCAUAUUCACACUCACAAAUUCGAUUCACACUGUAAACGGAUUGGAAUGUAUCGAAAAACUAUUGGAACAUAUACCAGAUGAUACGAUUUAUUACCUUUAUGAUAUCCAUUGCAGGCUUACAAUUCUGUACCUGCAGCUGGUAUGUGAAGGUAAUGGGUUGAAGGAUUCUAUCGCGAAUCUACAAGAAAAUAAAGUGUUUAAUGGAACAAUUGUAAAGAUGAAGGAUGAUUUCGAACAUCUCGGUAAAACUCUCCACCGGAAGGAAGUCAUCGGUGCAAUGGAGAGAAUAUGGAAGUUGAUCCUUGGAAUAAUUGGAGAGGACAAAUUGACCCAGUUUAUGGCUGGAGCCAGGGAUAAAAUCGCACAGAGUACACAUGCUCACACCAUAAAAUGUGUAUUCGACUACUAUGACCUUGUAACCACUUUUUAA